CGAAUAUAUCGUGACGGCCAAGAAAAGGGAGGCGGCCUGAUCAACCACCCCCUCUACCACUUUCUUCCAUGUUCAAAAAGCCACUCGGAGGAUUCAAGAAUUCUGCGCCUAUUCGCAGCUCAGAUAGACGAAAACUCAAGCAACGCGUCCUAACAGCCUUUUCAGUCCCGCCCGAAGAUGGCGACCUGCUCGUUCCCGAGGGCAUCUUGACUGCAAAAUUCAGUACCCAUCUCGGUUUGCCGGGGGUCGCUUACCUGUCGUCAGAUGGCGAUCCUCUAUGGAUGACACUUGGCAAAGGAUCCGAUGAGCUCAUUCCGACGAUAUACACGCUGUGGAAGAAGCCUCAACUGCUACCAUUUAUCUGCACGCCAGCUGCAGUCAUACCAAUAUUGGUCGGAGGCGCGGAUCUGAUGAUCCCGGGAGUGAUAUAUCACAGUUCAUCGCUUGCCGAAGGACAGCUAGUCGCUGUGUGUCAGUUCGAGCGGCGGGAUAAUGUCCCCACGAUGUCUGCUCCUCUAGCCAUUGGGCGAAUGGCGGUGUCUAGUGACCAACUUCAGGAAGGAGGCAAGGAGAAAGGCAAAGCUGCGCUGAUCAUUCACGCCUGGAAGGAUCACCUAUGGGACAUGGGAUCCAAGAGAGAUCUUGCAGAACCUAUUCCCAUCGGAAUGUCGAAUACGGAUAUAAAAGAGGAAGAUAACGAGCAAUCCCCCGAGCCGGAACAAUCUGUACCACUUAUCGACGGGCCACCACCUUCAGAACCCCACCUGCAAGAAGCGACAUAUACACGGGAAGAAGUAUCUAUGCUUCUGCACAUGUCGCUUUUGCAAGCCGUCGAAACAACUCUGAAAUCUCUACCACCUUCGUCCUUCCCUAUACCACUAAGCACCUUCCAUACAACCUACAUUCUUCCAUAUCGUCCCGCCUUCCCAGCGCUGGUACUAUCUCCAUCCACAUGUCCGAACGGAGAACCAAAUCCCGAAGAUGUCACCAUCAAGGCCUCGACCCAUAAAUCGUUCACCGCGUUCCUCAAAGUGGCGGAGAAAGCCUCGCUUCUGGCUACCAAGGCUCCUCAGAAGCACGCUCAGCAGAACGAAGCCGUCGUGACGGCUGUCAAUGGAAGUCAUCCCUCCGUACAGCAACAUAAACCUUUCGUUACCCUUAGAGACCUGGAGCUCAAGGCAGCAAGGAAGGCCCAGCGAGAAGAGGAGGAACAAGAGAGGGAAGCUCUCGCCCACCACGAACUGAAUGUCCGCGAACUGUGGAAACCUCAUCUGGCCAGUGCUGAAUUAUUCAAAGUCAUGGGCGCGAGUACGUCAGAUCUCUACUCAAUCCCCGAGAUUCGUGCGUUGCUGAACAACUACAUCACGUCGAAGGAUAUCGUAAACCAAUACGAUCAGGCAUACAUCAACCUUGAUGAUCUCCUCCGCUCAUGUGUUGUGGCCAAAGCACCCUCAUCAAAGAAGGGUAAAGAACCGGAGCCCCAACAGUCCCACGACUUUAUGAGACGGAACGACCUAUACAAGAAAGUGUUGGAACGGAUGCAAAGCUGGUACGAGAUUCGCGCGGAAGGGAAAGAUCUCGUCGUCAAAAAAGGGAAUUUGGUACCGAUCCAUGUUGCUACCAAGAUCAGACAAGGACGAAAAGCGUCGACGUUCAUAACAGGAUUCGAGCCUUUCUUGAUCAAUGCUGAUGAGAUGGCUGAUGAACUGAGGAAAACUUGUGCAGGGGCGACGUCUGUCACGCCGAUCCAAGGUAAAGGAGCCAAUGCCGGCUCGGAAGUUCUCGUCCAGGGUAAACAGUCCAAGGCAGUUACGGACUAUCUUGUUGGAAAGGGUGUCCCUAAAAGGUGGAUAGAAGUGAAAGAGGCGGCAGGUAAGAAAUAAUAUAUCAAACACAGAAGUAUAUGGUAGGUAACCUGUCGAAGUACUAUCUCUUCUCGAAGCGCUGGGGCUUCUGUAUGAAGACGAGACUCUUCCUGCAAGUCUUUCGGUAGCGGUGGCUUGAAAUAAGAAGUCCAGCGACUUGGCCAGGCAAAGGCCCAGAUUUC